AAAACGCUGGUAAAUCGAAAAAAUGCUGACCAACUAUGGCGGCAAUGACUCCGCCUUUAACUGUUUGUUCGCCUGCUUCUGCUUGGGAUAACCGUAAUUGAGAUCCACGGUAAAGGUAAAUACGCGGAACGGCAAGCGAAGCCAAGCCAAGCCAAGUCAAGUCAAGUCAAGUCACGGUCCGGUUCAGGUCCACCUUAAGUAAACGCAACGCGGCCAGGCACGUUUAAAGCAAAAGUCAACAAAAAUAUCGUAAAAAUAAAAAAAUCUCAGUAAAUCAAAACAUCCCAAUGGAUAUGGACAUGGCGCUGGACAUGAAUGACGCAGCCACCACCACCAGCCUGUGGAUAACCAGUGCUGCACUUUCCCUAUCCGAAAUAUUAGUGAAUACCACAAGUCAUGUUGUCACCACGUCACCAGCAUCAACAUCAACUGUGGAAACCACUGCUGUGGCUGCCGUAACAGCAACGGGGAAAGUUGUCCACGAUGAUGAGAAGCAUCAUCAUCAUCAUCAUCAUCACCAUCAGGAUGAGGUGAACGACAACAAUGUAACAACAGUCUUAAGCUCUUAUCCCGGCUAUAUACACUAUCGCGACAAAUACGAUCUAAGCUAUAUAGCCAAAGUAAAUCCAUUUUGGCUACAAUUCGAACCACCACGGUCGAGUACCUUCUAUAUUAUGGCAGCCCUCUAUUGCCUGAUAUCGGUUGUGGGUUGCAUUGGAAACGCAUUUGUCAUAUUUAUGUUCUCGAAUCGAAAAUCGUUGCGUACACCAGCCAAUAUAUUGGUUAUGAAUCUGGCCAUAUGUGACUUUUUAAUGCUGGUUAAAUGUCCCAUUGCCAUCUAUAAUAAUAUCAAAGAGGGUCCUGCUUUAGGCGAUAUCGCUUGCCGGAUCUAUGGGUUUGUGGGUGGAUUGAGUGGCACAUGUGCCAUAGGCACCUUGACAGCCAUUGCCCUGGAUCGUUAUAAUGUUGUGGUGCAUCCGUUGCAGCCAUUGAGACGAUGUUCGAGGCUACGCUCGUACCUGGUUAUAGUAAUGAUCUGGUGUUAUAGUUUUCUAUUCGCCAUUAUGCCCGCCCUCGAUGUAGGAUUGUCGGUAUACGUGCCCGAAGGAUAUCUGACCACAUGCAGUUUUGAUUAUUUGAAUAAGGAAACACCAGCCCGCAUUUUCAUGGCCCUGUUCUUCGUGGCAGCCUAUUGUGUGCCCCUCACUUGUAUUAUGUUCUCAUAUUUCUAUAUCCUAAAGGUGGUGUUCACAGCAAAUCGAAUACAAUCGAAUAAGGAUAAGGCCAAGACGGAACAGAAAUUAACAUUCAUAGUGGCGGCAAUAAUUGGUUUAUGGUUUCUCGCUUGGUCUCCCUAUGCCGUGGUCGCCAUGAUGGGUGUCUUCGGAUUGGAGCAGCAUAUCACGCCAUUGGGUUCGAUGAUACCAGCUCUAUUUUGCAAAACGGCAGCCUGUGUGGAUCCAUAUCUUUAUGCAGCCACACAUCCCAGAUUUCGUGUGGAAGUCAGAAUGUUGAUCUAUGGACGUGGGGUGUUACGUCGAGUGUCGACAACCCGCUCUUCGUAUAUCACACGAUCGAGAUCAUCGUUUACCCGACGUUUGCGUACGGGUAGCGAGUUAGAUAUGCGUACAGAGCCCUAUAUAAUGAACAAUAAUCUUAUGAUGGUCCCAGAGGAAACCGAAGAGAAUGAGGAAAUCGUUGUUGUCGCUGAGAUCAAUAAUCCAUCCAGAUGCGUUUCCAUGCAUGAGCAUACGAGUAAGUUCUAAAAACGAAAACUCCAAACGAAUUCUGGUGAGGUGUGGUAAAUAAUGAUGAUAGUCUGUUUCAAUGGUUUUUAGUCUAACUCAGUUUUCAUUUCAACAUGUUCCUUUCAAAUUUUGCAUAUCUAAACUAAAAGGAUUUCAAAUUUCUCUAAAGUAGGAAGGUGAAUGAUGAUAUUUAAUCUCAAUUUAAAGAGAUU